ACCGCGUAAUCAUCAAUGAAGAGAGAUUGAGUUGAGAUUGGUUGAGGUUAUGACAAACAUCUAUAUACUACAUUAUACACAUUGAAUUGAGCAAUAUAAUCAAAUAAUAAAUACUAAUCAUAAUAACCAUGGAAUCAAGAAAAAAAAGGAACGAAAAACGAAAACGCCAAUACUCUUCUUCAGACUCUUCCGUAAGUUCUCCCCGAUCAAAUAAUAAAACAUGUGUAGAAUUUCAAAGAACGACUUGUUCAAGUCCACGAAAAUCUCCAAGUGCCUAUGACGAGUUUGACGUGGCCAGUCGUACAUUUGAUCCCAAUCACCCCCGAAGCCCUCGACAAGAACCUUUGGAUAGAGAUGAAGGGGAAUUAUCUCGACACAGUGAUGAUGAUCCUCCACCAGAGAUGCACAGCGAUCGCUCCAGGAGAGUUAAAAAGUCGUCACGAAAUCAUCGAGACCGAAGGCGUUCGAGGAGUACAAGUAGAAGUAGAAAUAGAGAGAGACAGAGAGAGAUAAGAGAUAGAAGGGAUGAUAUGUCGUCACGUCGGAGAACUCCGGAAUUGCCAGGUCGUAGGUACUGGGAGCAUUCACCAAGACGUCCAGCGGAUGACUCCAACGAAGAGGAGCAUAUUGUCGGAGAUCGUUUCUACGGUGGAGCUCCCAAGAGCCGCAAAGAUCGAGACAAGGAGAACGUCUCUGAAAACAAGACUUACCGGCUAUCAGGAGGUUCCUAUCAGGAACCUCAUCAUCAUCAUAACUCCAAGAAUCCUAUUAAAAGUAAAAACAAAGAGAAAUCACCGGAAAAGGAGAAGGAGACGCCUGGCAUGAUAAAACCCAGUGAAAAGCGAACAGUUGAUCUUCUGACAUCGAAAACAGGAGGAGCCUACAUUCCCCCAGCUAAACUGCGACUCAUGCAGGCUGAAAUAACUGAUAAGAGUGGAGCUGCUUAUCAGAGGAUCGCCUGGGAGGCUCUGAAAAAAUCUAUUCACGGUCACAUAAAUAAGGUCAACACCAGUAACAUUGGACUCAUCACAAGAGAAUUAUUCAGGGAGAAUAUUAUCAGGGGUAGGGGUCUACUAGCUAGAUCGAUUAUCCAAGCACAAGCAGCAUCCCCAACGUUUACUCCAGUCUAUGCAGCUCUAACAGCAGUCAUCAAUUCGAAAUUUCCUCAUAUUGGAGAAUUACUCUUGAAAAGAUUAGUUAAUCAAUUCAAGAGAGGGUUUAAGAGGAAUGAUAAGCCCCUAUGUAUUUCCUCAGGUACCUUUAUGGCACACCUCGUCAAUCAAUGUGUAGCCCAUGAAAUUCUUGUUCUUCAGCUGCUGACGAUGCUGGUAGAAACACCAACUGAUGACUCAAUAGAAGUUGCUAUUGCUGUUCUCAAGGAAUGUGGAAUGAAGCUCACAGAGUUAUCCAAGAGAGGGGUCGAGGGUGUUUUUGCAGCCCUGAGAAAUACUCUUCAUGAAGGACAACUUGAUAAAAGGGUACAGUAUAUGAUUGAGGUAAUGUUCCAGGUGAGAAAAGACGGCUUCAAGGAUCAUGAGGCUGUUCCCAGUGAGUUGGAUUUAGUCGAAGAAGACGACCAAUACACUCAUUUAAUGACUCUAGAUGAGCCAGUGGACUCUGAGGAUAUUCUCAAUGUUUUCAAAUUUGAUCCUGAAUAUGUUAAUAGUGAGGAGAAGUACAAAUCAAUUAGGAAGGAGAUUUUAGAUGACGAUAGUGAUGAUGAGGAUGAUGAGGAGGAGGACGAGGAGGAGAACGAUGAAGAUGAUUCAGUAGAUAAUAGUGAUGAGGAGGCCGAUGAGGAGGGGUUGGAGGCGUCGGCGUCGACGGCGGCGGCGGCUGAGGCGGGGAGAGAAAGGAAAGAGGGAAUCAUUGUAGAUAAUACUGAGACAAAUUUAACGGCUUUGAGGAGAACUAUUUACUUAACCAUUCAGUCUUCACUCGACUUUGAAGAGUGUGCACACAAACUGAUGAAGAUGCAGUUGAAGCCUGGACAAGAGAUUGAACUGUGUCACAUGUUUUUGGACUGUUGCGCAGAGAUGAGGACAUAUGAAAAGUUCUAUGGGCUAUUAUCCGGAAGAUUCUGCGCAAUUAAUAAAAUUUAUAUCAUACAGUUUGAGCAGAUCUUCAAGGAUUCUUACGACACGAUCCAUCGGUUGGAUAUGAAUAAAUUGAGAAAUGUUGCCAAGUUCUUCGCGCAUUUGUUGUUCACGGACUCUAUAUCCUGGGGGGUUUUGAGUUGUAUCAAGUUGAAUGAAGAUGAUACCACUAGUUCUGGGAGGGUUUUCAUUAAGAUUCUAUUCCAAGAACUUGCCGAAUACAUGGGACUCACCAAAUUGAAUGCAAGGGUAAAGGAUGUCACCCUGCAGGAAGCUUUCGAGGGACUCUUUCCUAGAGAGAAUCCCAGGGAUACUAGAUUUGCCAUCAACUUCUUUACAUCAAUUGGAUUGGGUGGGCUGACUGAUGAUUUAAGGGAACAUUUGAAGAAUCGACCUAAACCUGUGGCACCACCAGUUUUCCUCAAGGGGGAGGGAGCUUCCUCCUCCUCUUCGGAAGAGGAGUCGAGCUCUUCUGAUAGUUCGAGUUCUUCAUCUGAUAGUUCGGACUCUUCCUCUACGUCAUCAACUUCAUCGUCGUCAUCAUCAUCUUCUGAAGAGGACAAAAGGAAGAAGAAAAGAGUGAUGAGAAAAGAACGGCAAGAGAAGCAGAGAAAUAAGUAUAAAAAUGAAAAGGAGCAGAAGAGAGACGAAAAAAGACAGAAGAAGAAGAAAGCUCGAAAAUAAUGCAAUUUAAUGUGUGAAAACAUGAAUAACUUUAUAAUUAUAUGAAAAUAAAAUAAUUGAAUUAAACUAUUAAUAUUUUCUUA